GCAGGUGGGUAAAUAGUGGGGUAUUACAUACAUACGUAACCUGGUAGGGCUGAGGUAGGUACUGGGGGUCGGCGGCAGGAAGGAAUGUCAAGCUCCGACCCUUAAAAAUCGACAAAGUCCCAGAGCCGCAACUUUCCCUCAACUUCACCCGAUGGUGUCAACAAACAUCAUCCGACAUGACGGAAAAGACAAGGGCGGCUAAGACUAUCGUCUUCCUCCACCCUGACCUGGGGAUUGGCGGCGCGGAGAGAUUAGUUGUUGAUGCGGCGGUUGGAUUGCAGAAUCGAGGGCAUAAGGUGGUUAUUUUUACUAGUCAUUGCGAUCCGAAACAUUGCUUUGAUGAGGCGAGAGAUGGAACCCUCGACGUCCGCGUCCGCGGCAACACCAUCGUCCCGCCGUCCAUCCUCUCGCGCUUCAGCAUCCUAUGCUCCAUCCUGCGACAACUCCACCUCAUCAUCCAGAUCUUCCUCUCCUCCGAGCUGCACUCCCUCUCCCCCGACGCCUUCUUCGUCGACCAGCUCAGCGCCGGCGUCCCCCUCCUGCAACUCGUGUACCCGCGCGCCCGCGUCCUCUUCUACUGCCACUUCCCCGACCUGCUGCUGGCGCAGGGCCGGCGGCGCUGGUGGAAGCGCGCGUACCGCGUGCCGUUCGACGCGUGGGAGCAGUGGAGCAUGAGCUUUGCCGACGCGGUCGCUGUCAACUCCGCGUUUACGAAGGGCGUCGUGGGAAGGACUUGGCCGGCGUUGGUGGAGGGGGGCAUGGAGUUGCAGGUUGUGUAUCCGUGUGUUGAUACCAAGGAGAAAGAUAUGCGGGAACAUGGGAAGCCCCUGUGGAACGGCAAGAAAUUCCUUCUUAGUAUAAACCGCUUCGAGCGCAAGAAGGAUAUCGCGCUUGCUAUACGCGCUUUCGCUGGCUUGUCCCCGCAAGCCCGUAAAGAUGUGCGGUUGGUUGUGGCGGGAGGGUAUGAUCCGCGUGUUGCGGAGAACGUGGGCUACCAUAAGGAACUUGUUGAGCUAUCUGAGUCUCUCGGGUUGCGCUGCAUGACGGCCAAGACGCACGUUACCGCCCUCGAGAUCCCCGACGACGUAGAAGUCUUGUUCCUACACUCAGUGCCGAAUCUGCUGAAAGCAGCGCUACUUGCUUCAGCUCGUCUACUCGUGUACACCCCCGCGAACGAACACUUCGGCAUCGUGCCCCUAGAAGCCAUGCUCGCAGGCGUCCCAGUUCUAGCCGCCGACACAGGCGGGCCGACCGAGACCGUUGUCGAGGGCGUGACAGGGUGGCUCAGAUCGCCUGCCGACGUGGCGUCGUGGACCGAGGUCAUGGACAAAGUGCUCAAUCACCUAUCUCCCAGCGAACUCGCCGCUUUAUCAAAGGCGGGCAUUUCCCGGGUAAAAGAGAAUUUCGGCGAAGCGCACAUGGCGAAACGGCUAGACGACAUCGUGGCACAAAUGCUGGCCGCACCUCGGAAAUGGUCGUGGAGGCCGACAGCAGCGGCGCUUGGGCUGGGGGCCGUGGGUGUUUUGGGGGCUGUGUUGGCGGUUGCGGGGAGGGCUGUUGUGGUAUCAUCGUCGUCCUAGCGGGUUGGAUGGACAUUCUAUAGGUCGAAUAGGUAGUCGAAGAAACAGAAGAGAUGGUUAGAUGUCAUAGCUUGACGGACGGGCUUGGAAAGCCUAUGCUGCGAGUGAAUUUAAUGGAUACCCACCCCUAUACGUACCUAUCCACCUAGCUUUUUAUGUCUGGUGUCUAUCGAGUUGACUUUUCAUAGUAUAUGAUCUCUAGAGUAAUUGAUAUUCUAUAGAGAGGGCUUUUGACAUAGUCGGAUUCAGAAUCUAUACAAAACAUCAUUCGAUUCUCGG